AUGUGCUGCCUACCGCACGAAAAGUGCAAAGUCCGCGUACUGUCAAAAUCCUCUCUUUUUGCCCCCACUCCCUCCUUCCUCGUUACCGUAUCUUGCGCAUAUAUUCGUCCGCACAAGAAUUUCCCUAUUUACCCCUGUUACCUCCCGGACUCCUCGGAUGCCAGACAGAGACCAGCAACGAUUGUUUCCUCAAUCCGGUUCGAUAACUCGCAAUAGUAUCAUCUCCUAGGGCUGUUCCUGCUCUACUAACCUUCUUUCCCUCGUUCCCCCUUUAUACUCUGCAAUCUAGUACUAGUACUCUUACUUUUCUGCAAAAUUUCUUCUAAAUGUCUGUCUGAUGCUGUGCUAUAUAUGUACCUGCCGUUGCAUGCAUGCAUGCAUGCAUGCCAAGAAUAAAAACCCGUCCUAAAAUCUAGAAACCCGCCUUCUCCUCGUCCCGCCAUGUCGUUCUCGGCUCACUAGCACACGGAUGGAGAUAUCAACCCAACCCAACCAGCCAGCCGGCCUAGGUUCCUCAUUAGCCCCCCUCAUGAUUUGGAAACAAAAAGGUCAACAGCUCCCGCACAGCAAAUCUCCCCCCCUUCGAUCGGCAACCUCGGUAUGUGACAGGGGGGAGGGAGUGAGGGUUAUGGUCUCGGCGCUUACGUGAGGCCGGCCUCGCUCUGGUCUCCAAACAUGUUGCUUGUGAGAUGACAUGAUGGGACGACGGGCGUGGGUCUUUUUGUUUACCCGUUGCGGCGGAGUCUAGCUUGGCUUUUAAUACUUUGCUCGUUGUGUUUACCGUUUGCGGUUUGGUCUUGGAAAACUUAGGGCGCGUCGUAAUGAUAAGUUCUGGGAUUCGGUAUCGGUGUGCCAUUCUUUUUCUGGAAGCGAAGGUGAGAGUGUAUAUGUGUAUGAGAUAGUGUCUUUUCUUGGCGAAUGGUGAGGGAACUUCUGAGUAGUGGGGUCUUUUUUCGGCUUGGAAUUUUUUGGUUCCUGAGAUUUGCUUUCCACCCACCCUUCUGCUUCUCUCUUGCUCGUGCGUUCCUCUUGGUUCCUUGUUUCCCAUGUGAUAAUUGAUGAGGAUUUGUGAUUUCUUCCCCUUCUUCGUUGAAG